GGCCGGAAUAAAUACUGUUUUCCUUAGAAAAGACAAUAAAAAUCUGCGGAAUAACGGGAUUAGUCCGAUCGAAGUCGAUUCCGAAAAGUUCCCUAAUACGUGUCCUGUACUAGAAAUUGAACGAAAUUUGUUGUAUCCAAUUAAAUUUUGAAAUUUCAUUUUGUAUCAUUUCGGAAAAGUAAACCCACUUUCGAUAGUUCAACAGUUAAGACCGAUCGGAAUUAAAUUCACUCAAAUACUUCCCUCUCUCUUGUUUACACCGAUAAAACUGAGUAAAAAUCUGCACUAUUUAAGAGGAUGCUAAAAAAAUAUUAACACUAACUGUGACAGCUAAAAUAUCAAUUUUGGAGUUUUUUAUUGUUUUCGUUCAAAGUUCUAUUUUUAUAUUUCAUCGUGUAAAAGCAGACGAAACCUUAUGCAAUGCAACCAAUACGAUGUAAACUUUGUAGAUAAAAGUCCAUGUCUUGUUGGUAAAGUUUUCAAAUCUGACAUUCUCUUAAAAAGCGAACCUGGAAUCGUUCUCUAUCUAACUCACACUAACUCAAACCUAACUAUGCGUGGGUAAACGGAAAAGGAUGGACUUAUAAACUUGACCAUGAAAAAAAAAGUCGAUAACGUAGAGACAAACAUUAAAAUGUCACGAUAAGCAAUGAGACGAUCGUGCUACUCCUUUUGUAUUUCUUGUAAACCACACAGUUGUUGGCAUCUCCUUUAGUCGUUGACACUCUAGAAAUACCUGAUUUUUCUUGCGAUCAGCUGCAUCUACUCACUGUUUCAGUUGUGAAGAUCUCUCUUGAAAUCUCUUAGAAUACAGAGGGAGAGAAGAGCGAUCGGGAACGGGACUGACGCGACUACGACGUGCAGUUCGCGGACGACGGUAGGAGCGAGGAAAGGAUGGCCGGUCGUAGUCGGGACGGCGGGUCGGUCAGGAAAUUCACGGUCUGCCUCGUCUAUCUUCUGACCUUCCUCGAUUCCUACUGUCAAAUGGCACCAGCGGUGGCCGGUGCCAUCAGAGGCUGGGAGGCAGGAAGCGGACACAGGUAUAGACUGACGACCACGCUUCUCUUCAGGGAAGCGAUACCGCCGAAAUCCGGAGGCGACGUCGGCUUCAGGCUGACUGGCGAGCUGGACGUCACCGCUGCGUGGCGGGAUCCUGGCGAUCCUGAUGUCUUCCUGCUCAAGUUCAAGCUAUCAUCACCGCAGCUGUGGAUCAAAUCUCGCCGUGCUCCAGAGCCGGAGGGCUUCGUCGAGCACUCGUCCAAGGUAGACGAGAGCGCCGAGAAGCCGUUCCUCGUGGUCUGGCGGCACGGGGACAUCCAAGCCGUGUACAUGGACGCGGCUGAGAGCGUGUCUUCCGCGAACCUGAAGCGCGGCUUGGCCAGUCUCUUCCAGUACCGCACGCUCGACGACGAGCAGAUCCGGCAGCGGGACGCGUCCGGCCUCUGCAACGUCACCUAUGUGUCCUUGGGGCCGCAGUCCAUCCAGAAGCAGAAGACCGGCUGCGUGCAGAGCAGCUUGCCGCGACGCAAGAUGCACCCAAAUCCGGUGUUCGGCGUGAGCUUCGCGAGCACUCGCAACGCCACGUACAUGUUGACGCACUCGCUGCUGCCCGAGCGCGUGGUCGAGCAUGAGGCGCACAGGAUGACCUUGACAUCCAAGUCGGAUGUCGGCACGACCGUGCUGUCGGAGAGGACGCUGGAGCAGCUGCCGCAGCUUCUCAGCGUGAACCCGGUCCAAGCGGACGCCGUGAAGCACGCUAUAGCGCUCCUUCAGCCGGGAUACAGGGAGACAGAUAUCGAUCUCCAACUGGAGCCCGUUACGUGUCCCGAUGCCGGGUGCCCUACGAUCGACCAAACGAUUGAGAAACACCAGCAAGCGUUGAGUGCCGGCGCGCUCGGCACGGCGAAGUCCGCGUCGGCUUUCCUCAAGCUUUUACCUCUAGUCAAGAACGCCUCGCCCGAGGAGCUGCACAAGAUCCUGAAGACACCACGCUACCGACAAACCAGGAUGCAAUUGUUGGACAUUUACGGUUCCGCCUCGACAACGGCCGCUCACAAGGCGGCCAUGAAGAUCCUACGGCAGGAUGAGACCGGCGACGAGACCGAGAGGUACCUGUGGGCCUUGUCUUUGUCACCAACGCCGCACAUCGACGUCGCCAACGACGUGCUGAAGCGCUCCGAGGAGACGAUGCAAAACGACCACGUGUCCGAGACGUACGCGCUCGCGGCUGGCGCGAUGAUGCGACACCACGGCUCGGUCUCGGCGAUCGAGAAGGCGAGAGUCAGCCUGGAACUCGGCCUGAGUGUGUGCACCGGCGACGAGUGCAAGCUGAAAUUUCUGCGGGCGUUGCGCAACCUGAAGAGCCCGGACGCGACUCCCACGUUACUUGAGUACGCGUUUAGCGACAAUCGCGCGAUCAGCGUCGCCGCGUGGCGCGCUUUGGCGGCUCUCCCUCGACAAAGCGUAAGUGAUGAGCUGAAGAACGCCGCUCUGAGAAUGUUUUACCAGAUCGGGGGCCCGCGGAGGGACAGCAGCGCGCGAACACUCGCGUUGGACAUUAUCCUCGAGAGCGAACCCUCCGAGGAGGUCCUACGCGACCUCGUGCAUUACCUGGGCGGGAGGGACCCGGCGUACGAGGUGUACAAAUAUCUGAGUCAACGAAUGACGCAAAUCGCCGAGAAGAACGAGCGAUUCGCCGGCUAUCUGAAGAACAUAUAUGUAAAUAGCGGUGUGAGAGUGAAUAAUUAUCACACGCGGGCGCAGAGAGGCCUCAGUACUGCCUUCACCAGAAGCUUCCUGCGCUCGCCCGACAGCAACGGCUCCCUGCUGACCGUGCAGGAGGUGAACUCCGGCCUGUUGAAGCGCGGGAUCGUGGACGUCGUGCUGGAGACCAACAGGCACGAACAAGCGAUGUUCUCAUUAGGGCUGUUCGCCGGUGGUCUCGGCAGUUUUGUCUCGAGUCAAGAAGAGGGAGCAGAGGUGGACGACGAGGUGGCCACCGCCGGGAUGGAGAUAGACAUAUUGGGCGUCGGCGUGCGUCCGUUCGUCUUCUUCUCGGGCCAGGGCGAACUGAUGAGCCACGUGUGGUCGGGAACGGCGUCCGAGAGGACUCCCGCCUUUCAAGUUCUCAGCUCGUUGUACAGCUACAGCGAGCACGUGCCAUUAGCGUCCGGUUUCGUCGCCGAGAUCGACGUGGAGGGUGCCGUGAGCUUCGACUUGGCCGGCCAGAUCCAGCUGAGUCUGUGGUCGAGGAACGCGCACUCCCUGGUGGAGAUGGGCGCGGGUGUGAUGGUCCACGGCGGCAGCAGGGUGCGCUCCAGCUUCGUCCAGAGCAAGGCGGAGUUCUCCGUAACGAUGGAGCCGAAACUCGAACUGUCCACUGACGUGGACUUCUACAGCCAAGUGGCUCUGUGCAUGCGACUCAGCCAGCCGGCGAACACCGUGAAGCACCAGGUGUACAAAAUCGAGCGAAUACCUGGCAGCCGGCACCGGCUAAGGAAAACGCGUCGGUUGAGGAGCCACUCGCCCGGCAGAUCUUACCUGCUCAACCGGAAGAACAACGAAAUGUGCGCGAAGACGUUCAGUUAACGCGCGCCGUAAGGGCGCGUAUCCCAGUGAUGACUCUUUCUGUCGAUAGGACGGUCAUUGUGGUCGAGACUUUAUUUUUUCCGUCGUUUGUUUUAUUUUCUUUUUUUUUUACGCGCGCACUAUCGCGGACCCUCGAGAGUGCAAGGACGAGCAUGAUGAUGCGACAACGUUUGUGUUUGUGUUAUGCAGAUGUAUAAAACAAUAUCUGAGGAUACACUUGGAUCUUGCUACAGUGAACUUCGCUCGGGUACAUUCGUGAAGGAGUUAGUUAACAUUCCGGGGAAUGUUCUUAUCUAAUUCUUUUCUGGGUUAAGCAGAGGCCUCACAGGUCACCGUAAUGUACGAUUUAACGUGCGUUACAACUAAGAAACUUUAUCUUCGAUUUUUGUUCGUUUGAUGUGAGACAUCAUCGGCUGGAAUAAACUUGGACAAUUAAUUUUAAUAGACUCGGUAGAUGGGGGGAGGGAAUCUUAAACAUUUGUGACAAUAUUUCUUUUAACGUUUUUCUCGUGAUUUCUCUUGGCGAGAGAUCGUUUUUGACUUUGAUUAUUACAAACCAGUGUUGGACAUUAAUCGAUCGAAAGUGUAGUCGACUAAAGUAAUUAUGGAAUCAAUAAUCAGAAUUAAUAAACGUCAUGUAUGUGAUUGAGCAAUUGAAUCGAUUAGUGAAGAAUUAAUCAAACUUUGGCUUAAUUCAUUGAUCAAUAGUUAAUUUUAGCAAUCGAUAAAAUUAUUCGCGAUUGCACAUAUGACGAUUGGUUAAUUUUGAUAAUCGAUUCGUCGAUUAUUUCAAUCAACUAAAACUCCACGCUGCUAUGAAUUCGACUUUCUGCGACAACUCGAUGAUGAUUUAAUUAAUAAUACUUCGCAUCUCAAUUAUGAAAAGAAGAAUGUUCUCCCUAUCGUGUCCUACGCGACACGUUGUAUCGAUAUCCAGGUGUAUUAAUAUUUUCUAUUUUAAAUCUAA